UUUUCUAAAUUGCGGAUCGUGUGCUGACUGUGCGUCGGUGUGAGUGGGACCCGGAACUGCGGUUCUCCAAGGAAGGAGAGUUAAAGCGCCCGGAGCCUGCCGGCUCGGCCCGUGUCUGAUCCGCCCUCGGCACAACCGGCCCGCCCACCCGCCAUGGUGUCGGCGGCUGUGACCGAGCUGAGUCAGAACCCGGAGCGGAUCUUCUUGGACGCCUCGGAGCUGCUGCUGAGAUAUGCCGACAACAUCCUGAGGAAUCCAAAUGAAGAUAAAUACAAAUCGAUUAAGAUUGGAAAUCAUGCCUUUUCAAACAGACUGCUGCCAGUCAAGGGAGCUGUUGAGUGUCUCUUUGAAAUGGGAUUUCAAGAGGAGGAAACCCAUCUUGUAUUUCCUAAAAAUGGUUCAGUAGAAAAGCUCCAAAGAAUUAGAGACCUGAUUGCUGCUGAAAGAAAUCAAAGGACAGCUGCUGAUAAACCUGUCCCAGUAUCACAACCAUUUUCAACUUCUGCACAGGCCCAGCCAAGUGAGCCUGAAGCCUCUUUCCGUGCAAUUCCAUUUUUCAAUGAACCUCCUAGGCAGACACCCACUCAGAUAUUCAAGCCAGUGGCUACGCAUUCGCGGAGUUUCUUGGCAACUUUACAAACACAUUUUCAGGAUGUCUUGACGUAUGAGGACACUACACUUCAACGAAAAGCCCUGGCCUAUAUUCCUACCCAAGAACUGAGGAAAAGAGCUAAUGAAAAGCUGUUGCAAGCCAUAAAACUGGAUUCCGGGGCCACAGUAAACCUGGAAGACUUUUUGUUGUUGGAACUUCUACAGUGGUUUAAACUGGAUUUUUUUCAAUGGGUAGAUUCUCUCCCCUGUAACAACUGUGGAGAAGCAACGCAGCCAUCGGGUUCACUUCCACCAACCAGUGAAGAUCUAAGAUGGGGUGCUCAAAGAGUUGAAAAUCAUCUUUGCAGUAAAUGUAAUACCAGCAAUCGAUUUCCAAGGUACAAUCAUGCUGAGAAGUUACUGGAAACCAGGAGGGGACGUUGUGGAGAGUGGGCCAACUGCUUCACGCUUUGCUGCAGAGCCAUGGGGUUUGAAGCAAGAUAUGUCUGGUGUACAACAGAUCAUGUGUGGACAGAGGUCUACUCAACCUCCCAGAAAAGGUGGCUGCAUUGUGAUCCCUGUGAAAAUGUCUGUGAUAAACCGCUCCUGUAUGAAAUUGGAUGGGGAAAGAAGCUGUCUUAUGUUUUCGCGUUUUCAAAGGAUGAGGUGGUUGAUGUUAGCUGGAGAUAUUCAUGCAAGCAUGCAGAGCUUCUAACUCGCCGAACUCAACUUGGAGAGGGUUUGCUACGUGAAACUAUUAAUAAAUUAAAUUCUGAGAGGAAACAUUUCCUUCCACAAGACAGGAAGCAAGAGCUUUUGGAAAGGUAUAUCGUCGAACUUGUAGAAUUCAUUUCACCAAAGACCCCAAAUCCAGGAGAACUUGGUGGCAGGACAUCAGGCUCUGUACUUUGGAGAGUAGCUAGAGGAGAAACUGGAGUCCUUGCUGAGAACACAAGAUUCACUUUUGUAGCUACUGAAAAAGAAAAAGCAGCAAAGUCGUUUCAUAUCAAAUACAAUGUAGUAGAAAAUCACUAUAUUCGAGUUUCCAACAACAAUGAAAUCAUUAAUGACUGGGAAAAAGGUGUAUGGAAAAUGAAUUCUGUGGUUCGAAAAGUGGAACAAGACUGGAAAAUGGUGUACAUUGCUCGCACAGAGGGAUCAACAUUCGCCAAAGUCAGUUGGAAGUUUGAAUGUGGUUCAGUAGGUCUAAGGAUUGACACUGUUUCCGUUCGAUCCAGCAGCCAGACAUUUCAAACUGGAGAUGUUCGAUGGCAUCUGAUUUCAAACUUAGUCAGCAUAGAUCUAAAUGGAGAUCAAGAUACUCAUUCAUUCUCUAAUUUUAAUGGAUCUACCGAAUUAAUUUUGGAGGCUGAACUAAGUGGUGGUGAAGGAGAUGUUGCAUGGCAACAUACCCAACUCUUCAGACAAAGUUUGAAUGAUCGUCAAGAGUACCCCAUGGAGAUCAUUAUAACUCUUCAGGCUGUUUAGAUUAAGUACAAAUUAUCACUAGCCUGAAUAAGAGGUUUCAAAUUAGUCAAACCAUGUAUUUUUUUAUAUUGAUGUAUUCCACAGGCAUUUAUACAAAAUAUUUUCAGUACCAUACUUUUGGAUGCAGUUAAGAUUUUGAAUCUUUUUUGGAACUAUGAUAGGAACACUUGUACACAAUGCAGAAUAUCAGUAAAAUAUAAGGUAGCUUUACUUUCUUGUACCAUGAGGUGAAUAAAAAUUGAUUACUUGUGUUUUGUACUGUUA